AUGGCCCGCGUGGUGGUUGACGGGAUGCCGGAGACGACCGUCGGAGGAGGAGGGAUGCUUCGCCGGCGUAGGAGCAAAGCCAGACGGAGAAAGCGAAAGGAGUUGGUCGCCGUCCAGAUGUGCUUUGCGGGGGUACUGCUGGGGUUCCUCGUGGGGGUCCAGUCUGUGGCACAGAAAGCAGGAUAUCAUGUUUCCAGCUCCAUGGUCGUAGAGGAUGCGAGGUGGGGCAGCCGUCACCUUCUACAAGAAUUCUAUGACAAUGAGUCCAAGCUCUACUCUGAGCCUGAGAAAAACUGUACUGAACCAGCAAUCCAUGAGUUCCCCAGGGAUUACUUCACCAACCAGGAGCGAGCUGAAGGAGCCGUGGGCCUGCACGUCCUCUGUGCCGUCUACAUGUUCUAUGCCCUGGCCUUGGUGUGUGACGACUACUUUGUCCCCUCACUAGAGAAGAUAUGUGAGCGUCUUCAUCUGAGUGAGGAUGUUGCAGGAGCGACCUUCAUGGCAGCAGGCAGUUCAGCUCCUGAACUGUUCACCUCUGUCAUUGGAGUGUUCAUCACUAAAGGGGACGUCGGGGUCGGCACCAUCGUGGGCUCAGCCGUCUUCAACAUCCUCUGCAUUAUUGGAGUUUGUGGGAUAUUCACCGUACAGACAAUUCGUCUUUCCUGCUGGCCUCUGCUCAGAGACUCUAGCUACUACACACUGUCUAUCUCUGCUCUAAUAGUGUUCAUAUAUGACGAAAAAGUGGUUUGGUGGGAAGCUCUCACGCUGAUACUGAUGUAUUUUGUCUACAUUUUGAUCAUGAAGUUGAAUUCCCAUGUUGUUCGUUUUCUGGAGAGGAGGAAGAAGAGCUCGUCCAGUUUGAGGAACGGAGCAGCCAGUAAGGCUGAACUAGAUGAUGGCUGUGAUGCUACAGCUGUUCUAUUGAAGAAAGCAAACCACCACAGGAAGCCCUCUGUGCUGAUGGUGGAUGAGAUGCUGUCAGCGUAUCCCCAUCAGCUGUCCUUCUCCGAGGCCGGCAUGAGGAUCAUGAUCACCAGCCACUUCUCCCCCAGAACCCGCCUCACCAUGGCCUCACGAAUGCUCAUCACUGAGAGGCAACGUUUAAUCAACACACGGACUUUGACCAACGGUGACUCUGAUGUUCCAGUGAAAGGAGGAAGUAGGCGGGGCAUAGAAAACGGGCUGUCUGGGGCAGAGAGGGGUGUCCUCAUUCACCACGAUGACCGAGAGGUGGGCAAUGAGACGGAAAACGAGGACAAUGAGAACAACGAGAAUGACGAAGAGGAAGAAGAAGAGGAUGGAGAGGGACCCUUUGUACCCUUCCAAUGCCCAGUGGGUGUGUUUAACAAGCUAAAGUGGCUGCUGGCCUGGCCUCUGUGCCUGCUGCUGUACUUCACUGUCCCCAAUUGCUCCAUGCCUCACUGGGAGAACUGGUUCAUGCUGUCUUUCAUCUCCUCCACGCUUUGGAUUGCCGCCUUCUCCUACAUCAUGGUCUGGAUGGUAACAGUUAUAGGCUUUACACUUGGCAUCCCAGAUGUCAUCAUGGGCAUCACCUUCUUGGCAGCCGGCACCAGCGUACCUGACUGCAUGGCCAGCCUUAUAGUCGCAAGACAAGGAAUGGGCGACAUGGCAGUGUCCAACUCCAUUGGCAGUAAUGUGUUUGACAUCUUGGUGGGUCUUGGUCUCCCUUGGGCCCUGAAGACCCUCGCUAUCAACUAUGGCUCUGAUAUCAAAUUAAACAGCAAAGGACUGAUCUUCUCUGUGGGGCUCCUGUUGGCGUCUGUGUUUCUGACAGUCCUCGGAGUUCACCUAAACAAGUGGACGUUGGACAGGCGUUUGGGUCUCAUGUGUCUCCUUCUCUACUCCGUCUUCCUGUGUUUCUCCUGCCUCAUCGAGUACAACAUCUUCACCUUUGUCAACCUACCCACCUGCCGGGAUGACUGACACACACACAUACACACACACACACACACACACACACACACAUACCCUAACCAUAAACCUAACCUUAAUCCAAGUCUUCACUCUAAAAUUUCAUGAUGUACGUUAUGGGGACUUGCUUUUGACAGUGUCACAGCCACAACAAUGUGACUGUGUAAAUGGAUUUAUUUCCCCACAACAUGAGUAGUAUACCCCCGCCACCACUCACCACACACACAUGCACACACAAACACACAUUGACGUAAACACGUGUGCACACACUCACUUAGAAUGUGGUGUUUGCAAGUAAUUCCAAAUGGCUUGAAGUAGUAUAGGGAAAGUGAUGUCGAACGAUAGAAUGAGAACCAGAAAGUAGCAUUUUAAAGCUGGCAGAUACCAUUUAACAUAGGUCUGAUUCACACAUUUCCUGUGAGAAGAGGUCCCACUUUGUUCUUUUUUUAAUGCUUGUCUUUCUGCUCAGUGCUGUAUGGGGCUGCUCUGGUGUUUGCUCAUGACCAGAUUAUGGAAUUGAAUUCAGGAGCAGAGAUGGACUCAUUACAAGCCCUCAGAGAGGGCAGCACUGAGGACAACAACACAAAAAAAACUUUCUCUGACUACUGUUUGCUUCUGACACGAGGACAUUUAUUUUGAAACGUCCCGUAUUUAGGUGUGAAAGUCGAAAUUUUUACUGGCUGCUAACCUUUCCUGAGAGGAAAGAUUUGUCUUUUAGAUCAAAUAGCUGAGAGGAAUAAUGACAAAAGCAAUUAUAUAAAUGGGUGGGAGGGUGUAGUUUAGUACUGUGGUGCAGAUAAUGAAGAUUUGUUGAGUUAUUUGCUUAAACAAAGUUAGAGCCACAAGUUGAAGUCUUCAGGCAGAGAACAGAACCUGUUAUCACGGCACAUUUUUCAAACACCAUUAUCUUAGGACUAUUUAAGUUGCUAUUAUUUGUUCAUAAUUAAGUCUAUUGAGUACGUUUUUACCAAUUUUGUUGGCUGUUUGGAACAUUUUUGGACGUUUAGCUACGAGUCUUUGGGGAAAAAUACCCAAAACACACCCCCCUUUACACAAAACCAGGGCAUUUUCCAGUCAACCUUUUUAUAAAUUAACUUCUAUAACAUCACAGCUGUAGCUUAUAUGUUUUGUAUUGGAAAUGGAUUAGCUUUAUGUAGAGUUUUUUCUUCUGUAAAUAGUGCACCUCUGUAUAUACCCCCAGAUGUUCUGUUUAUUAUUUAUUCACAUCAUACGCACAUUUCUCCUCUGGAGGUCGCAAAAACACGUGGCCAGGUUUUAUUUAUGGACCCAGGGUUGCUGAAAUCAACACCUAAGAUCUGUUCAGAUGACCACUCUUGUACAAACAAGCACAAUUUGCUCUGAAGGUAUUUGUCUUUUGAUUUCAAUAAUGACUUGAUUUAGAUGUAUAGUUAUGUUCUGUGUGUGGAUGUUAAAUACAGAAUUCAAACUUGCACUGAAGAGCUUAAACAACUUCACAGGGAGACUGUAACUGUUCCUUCUCCUAAUGCAUGCUGAUUAUAAGGAUAGCAUCCUUUUAAAAUGAAGCAGGUUUGUAUGAAAUAAUCAUGUCAAGGUUUCAAGAAGCAAAUGUUAUAUUGUUAUGGGAGGAUGUCAUAGGCUUUACUGCCACAUAGGGACUGCUAUGACCAAAUAGACUCAAAACAGUGGUGGCAUCAUUCGAAACAGCAGCCAAGCAAGUUGGAUGAGGUACAGUAUGUCCUCCCUCACUCCUCAGUGGCCGCAAAGAGGAAAUGAGGUUUUUAAGUUGGUGUAUUGUAGGAGUAGAGAAAAGAUGCAAUAUAAAGCAUUCAGACUUUUAUCCCAGCCUGAAUAUUUUAAGAUUGGGGUUUCAACUUUAUUUUUUACCCAGGAUUUCUUUGUAUUUUGUAAUGCCUAAUGUUUAGAUUUGUUCAGAUUAGAUAGGUUUGUGGAACAUAAAUAUUCCUUCUAGUUAUUAAAGCAUGUAAAAUGUGGUUUGUGAAACCCUACAGGAAAUUUUUUCAAGAUACACCAAUGAAGUCACUCUCUUCCGCAAAGACUUCCACCCAUGUAAAGUGAACACUCAUCUGUCUGAGCCUGUUGAUUUUCAAAAUAUCCAUCAAUGUCAGCUUUUCAUCCUCACAUUUGAAAUGUCAAGUGCCCUACUUGUAAUUUUUCUCAUUGAGGGAAGACAAAACAAAAUGAAGUCUGAUUUGUUUCAGGUACAUUUUUAAUUUAUUGAUCAGUUAUAUGAAAUAUCAUUUCUUAGAAAUAUUGUCUUUUGAAUGUACAAAUAAUUAAUGUUGUUGUUGUUUAUAUACCAUACAUAUGUAUUUAUUUUAGAGACACAGGCAGAGUGCUCUGUGAUAUGACCGGAAAACAGGGUUUAAAUGUGUUUGAAUCUUAUGUAACGCAAUAACUAUGAGCUUACAAAUAUGUAAAUAUGCUGCUUUAAUGAUCAAAGACAAAUUUAUAAUAGAGUUUUAAAAAAAAUAUUCAAACUUUAAAUGAUGUCUCUCAGUAUGUGACACUGUAACAGCUUGUCAGUCUUUAUGAAAUGAUUAAUCACUGACUACACAAACAAUCAAAACAGGACUGUUAUUUACAUACGGAGCCCUGCAUCUCCAAAUAUCAUCAUGGCCAGUUUUGCCACACACAAUAAUCAAGUAUUUUUCUUUAUGAUGAACAUGUCAUUAGAGGCUGGAAAUGUUACAGUAUUUCAGUAACAGCUUUUUACAGUUUCUGAUUCUUGGUAUCACUAUUUUGUAUAUGUCCCAUAAUUUCCUAAUAAAUUCUUAGAACAUUUCCCUAAGAGAAUUAUCUAACAUGGUAGUAAUUAUAGAGAAAAGAGAAAUAAUGUUAUGGCAUAGUUUAUCAAGUGCCUAUUCAUUUAUUUGAAUUUUUCAGGAAGUAACCUGGAAAUAACUUGGUAGAGUUGAGUUUAGAAGCAGUUGAUGAUCUUCAGAGGAAUUUCUGUGGAGGCCAGUAUCCAACAGAAAAAAACAAAACAUUUCAAAUGACAAAAAUAAGCAUAUUCAUUGUAAGUUAAAAAUCAAAUUACCAAGAGUAUGUUAGUCAAAAUGUUAUUUGUGAGAGUCAAAAUUAUGAGUACUUUUUAUGUCAAAAUUAGAAGAUAUCAAGUCACAGUUUUGACUUAGUCAAAAUAAUGAUAGGAAAUACAAUGAAAUUUGACAAGAUAUUUUUACUUGUCAAAAGUAUAAACUGUAUGAAGUCAAAGUCAUGAGAAGGAAAGUCAGAAUUAUGAUGUGCAAUCGAAAAAUCUUUUAUUUUUGUCAUACCUAAAAAUUGAAUUAAUUUUCUUCUUUUCCGGGCAGUAAUGGGCCUCCAUAUGUUCUUUGAAAGACCUUCUAAUAUCUUAAUGAAUGAAAACCUGACAGGGAUCCAUUAAAGUCAAGUAAACAUUGAUUAACUAUUGUGAAU